UUAAUCUUUUUGAUUUACCUUAUACCGAAUCAUGGCGACUUUAGAAGACAAAUCCUUAUGGGAAACUCAAGAUGAUAAUGAUGAUAUUGACAAGGAUGUUCUUCGAGCCAAUGCUGAAGAAAUCAAUAAUCGAACACGUUUAUUAGAAAACGAUAUCAAGAUUAUGAAGUCUGAAAUCCAACGACUUUCACACGAACAAUCUUCCAUGAAAGAACGUAUCAAGGACAACAAGGAAAAAAUCAAGAUGAACAAGCAAUUGCCAUACUUGGUUGGUAAUGUGGUUGAGUUAUUAGAUGUUGACCCUGAUGAAGAGGAAGAAGAAGAAGGUGCUAAUGUUGAUCUCGACUCAAGACGUAAAGGCAAAUGCGCGGUAAUCAAAACAUCUACACGUCAGACUAUAUUCUUACCUUUGAUUGGGUUGGUGGAUCCUGCUACACUUAAACCUGGAGAUAUCAUUGGUGUGAAUAAAGAUAGUUAUUUGAUUUUGGAUACAUUACCUCCUGAAUAUGAUUCUCGAGUGAAGGCUAUGGAAGUGGAUGAAAAACCUACAGAAGAUUACAAUGAUAUUGGUGGAUUAGAUAAGCAAAUUGAAGAACUAGUGGAAGCAGUUGUGUUACCCAUGACACAUGCUGAUCGAUUCAAAAAUAUUGGUAUCAAACCCCCCAAAGGUGUAUUAAUGUAUGGUCCUCCUGGUACUGGUAAAACAUUAUUGGCAAGAGCAUGUGCAGCACAAACAAAUUCAGCAUAUCUCAAAUUGGCUGGUCCGCAAUUGGUACAAAUGUUCAUUGGUGAUGGUGCAAAAUUGGUACGGGAUGCUUUCAACUUGGCCAAAGAAAAGUCUCCUGCUAUUAUCUUUAUUGAUGAAUUGGAUGCCAUUGGUACCAAGCGUUUUGACUCUGAUAAAUCUGGGGAUCGUGAAGUACAACGUACCAUGUUGGAAUUACUGAAUCAAUUGGAUGGUUUCUCUUCAGAUGAUCGUAUCAAGGUGAUUGCUGCUACUAAUCGUAUUGAUAUUUUGGAUCCUGCUCUUUUACGUUCUGGUCGUUUGGAUCGAAAGAUUGAAUUCCCUAUUCCAAAUGAAGAAGCUCGUGCUCGUAUCCUUCAAAUUCACUCUAGAAAGAUGAAUGUUAGCAAAGAUGUCAAUUUUGAGGAAUUAUCUAGGUGUUGUGAUGAAUUUAAUGGUGCUCAAUGCAAGGCUGUUUGUGUAGAAAGUGGUAUGUUGGCUUUACGUCGUGGUGCAACUGAAAUUACUCAUGAAGACUUUAUGGAUGCUAUUCAAGAAGUACAAGCUAAGAAGAAGAUGUCUUUACAAUAUUAUGCUUAAAAAAAGAAAUAAAACAAAUUAUACAUAUUUUUACAUUUU